GUCGAUAACUAGUAUACAUUUAUUUCGUUGUACUCGUUGAAAAGGUUGGACGCAGUCUGCGCUACAUGAGCGCAGAUAAAGUAAUUAAUUUUUUUCUGUGCAAUAAAUAAGUAUUUCAUUUUAAGAAAUAUAUCUAAAGAGCACACACAACAAAGCAGAUACAGAAAAUUCUAUUGAUUUGUACGCUCGUCCAAGAUGGCGGACGACGAGCAAUUCAGUUUGUGCUGGAAUAAUUUCAACACAAAUCUGUCGGCUGGCUUUCACGAAUCAUUAUGUCGUGGAGAUCUGGUGGAUGUAUCGUUGGCCGCGGAGGGGCAAAUUGUAAAGGCGCACCGUUUGGUGUUGUCCGUCUGUUCGCCCUUUUUCCGCAAAAUGUUUACGCAAAUGCCAUCGAAUACCCACGCCAUUGUGUUUUUGAAUAACGUUAGCCAUUCGGCUUUGAAGGACCUGAUCCAGUUUAUGUAUUGUGGGGAAGUUAACGUUAAACAAGAUGCACUCCCAGCGUUCAUAAGCACAGCGGAGUCCCUGCAAAUCAAGGGGCUGACAGAUAAUGAUCCUACGCCGCAACCUCCACAGGAACCCACACCCCCACCAGCUGCACCUCAUGUACAACAACAACAACAACAUCAGCAAGUCCCAGCCCAGCGUGUGCAGCGUCAACAACCGCGCGCAUCGACACGCUAUAAGAUUGAGACCGUUGAUGAUGUGCUCGGCGAUGACAAGGGCACCACACAAAUUGUCAUACAGACUACAGCCGCACCUCAAGCCACCAUUGUACAACAACAGCAGCAGCCACAACACAUUCAAACGCAGCAGUUGCAGACCGCCACAACAACAACAGCAACGCUGGUGUCGACAAACAAACGCACGGCUCAGCGCAGCUCCAUGGUUGGCAGUGGUGCCGUUAAGCGCUCGAAGACGACCACCGCCACCGUAAUUGACCCCUUGGAACCGACAACGGAGACUGCGACCACGACAACAACUCAGCUUGCUCCUCAACAGAUUACCGUGCAGACGACAGUUGUGCCCAGUGACACAAAAGUGCAUCAAGUACGUCAACAAGCACAACAACAGCAGCAGCAGGCGGCCGCUCAAGAGGAAACUGAAUACAUUGAUCUCCCCAUGGAAUUGCCCACAAAAUCGGAACCGGACUAUAGUGAAGAGCAAGCCGAAGUUGCUGGAGAUGGCGAUACGACCUACGUAGAGGAUGAUACCUACGGUGACAUGCGCUACGAUGAUAGCUACUUUACGGAAAAUGAAGAUGCCGGCGCCCAAACCGCUGGCAAUACAAGUGGCAAUGUCGCAGCAACAACAUCGAAAGCCGUGGUCAAACAGCAAUCCCAGAGCUACAGCGAUACAUCGUUUGUCGACACCGGCGCGGAUCAAGGCAACACAGAGGCUCAAGGUUUUAAAUUGAUACCCGGAGUCCGAAUUUCUCCUUCAAUUCAACGUCGGAAUUUGCAAUCCGUGUCGAGGAUAACAAUCAAACACACUCCGCCAUUGCGCUCUGUUGAUCCCGCCGUUAAAAACGUAAGGCGAGCCAUUACCUCCAUUUCCCGAUCCCCGAGCAUAGCACCUGUCGUGCCCAAAAUAGAACCCGUGCGGGCAAAACUGAAUCUAAGUAAUCCGGAAAAUAUAUUGCGCACAUCGGCCAACAAUCACAAUUUUGUGCAUGUUGGCGUGCCGCGCAUGAAAGGCAAGUGUGUGACUUGCCUCAAGAACGGAAAAUCCAAUCUGGAACGUCUAACCACGUGCUGUGACUCUUGUCCUGGGAGCAAUUGGAUGUGCGAGUCUUGUUUUGAAGAUCUUCAUUAGAAAAGAACUUCAUGAGAAAGAUUCUCUACAAAGGGAUGAUUAUACAUGAAUGAAAAAUGAUUAAGAUGAAUGAAGUGAAGAAUAUUUCGUAUAUAAAAAAAUAUAUAUUUUCUUAUUUAACUGGUCUAAGAUUUAAGAGAAUACUUGCUAUACUUGUCAAAUUCGGAGUGUCACAGAAAUUCCAUCUAACAAAGUUUAAACUCAAAAUCAUUACUCAAUUAGAGUGUUGAGACCCAAGUUGAAGUGGCUUCUAAACUUUCUGAGCACAACUGAAUCCUUUCUGAGUUUAAUGAUCGAUAGUUUAAAUCUCGAGUUUUCCGCCACAGCGGGAUUCGCCAAAUUUCACUAGUAUUUACUGUGACACACCUGAAUAUCAUUUUUAUAUUAUAUGUUCUAUUUUGGAAAAAAAAAAAUAAAGUUUUAUUUGCAUUGGA